GAGAGGAACCAGCCACAGAGGAACCAGACACAGAGGAACCAGCCACAGAGGAACCAACCACAGAGGAACCAGCCACAGAGGAACCAACCACAGAGGAACCAGCACAGAGGAACCAGCCACAGAGGAACCAACCACAGAGGAACCAGCCACAGAGGAAACCAACCACAGAGGAACCAGCCACAGAGGAACCAGCCACAGAGGAACCAGCCACAGAGGAACCAACUACAGAGGAACCAGCCACAGAGGAACCAACCACAGAGGAACCAGCCACAGAGGAACCAACCACAGAGGAACCAGCCACAGAGGAACCAACCACAGAGGAACCAGCCACAGAGGAACCAACCACAGAGGACCAGCCACAGAGGAACCAACACACAGAGGAACCAGCCACAGAGGAACCAACCACAGAGGAACCAGCCACAGAGGAACCAACCACAGAGGAACCAGCCACAGAGGAACCAACCACAGAGGAACCAGCCACAGAGGAACCAACCACAGAGGAACCAGCCACAGAGGAACCAGCCACAGAGGAACCAGCCACAGAGGAACCAACCACAGAGGAACCAGCCACAGAGGAACCAACCACAGAGGAACCAGCCACAGAGGAACCAACCACAGAGGAACUUCCCAGCCACAGAGGAACCAACCACAGAGGAACCAGCCACAGAGGAACCAGCCACAGAGGAACCAACCACAGAGGAACCAACCACAGAGGAACCAGCCACAGAGGAACCAGCCACAGAGGAACCAGCGUACACAUCCUAGAGGCAGCCGGGAGAACCAGGAUGAACCACAUUACUCGGGUAACCACAACAAAGCAGUAUAGUGUGGUUCCAGAGGUUCUUAGAUGA